GUUCCCUAACCCCCUUCCUUCUAGUCUCCAGCCUCCACAACGCGAAGCAGCAGUCCAGAGUCCAGAUUCUCUCAACCUCAUCGAAGCCGCUGGCGCAUGUCCGUCCAGCCACCGCCACCGUCCCAACUUCGAGCUUCGAAGGCAACGGCGCAACGUUCGUCCAGCCACCGCCGUUUGAGCUUCGAAAAUCGAAGCCACCGUCGCCGGUCUCACCUCUUGCCUCCGUCGUGCAGUCACUUCCCGCCGAUGGCAGCUCUAUUCCACACGACCACGUCGGCCACCUUCCCCGAAUCAAGAAUCAUUCGUGCAUCGUGCACCCCCAUUAGCCUCUUCUGAAGAAAAUCAAAGAGAACCCUAGCCCUAGGAUCCUUGCCGCCGCCGUCCCCAGGUUCUCGGCGCCUCCACUUCUUCUUCUUCUCGCUGUUCGGAACCCAGGUAGCUUGGUUCGUCAUCCCCAUCUUCCCUGUCUUCUCUGUUCGUGGCUUGGAGCAGCUCGCCGUUGGGUCGCCGCUUGCUGUCGCCUUGCCUAUUGUCGUCGUCUCGUCGGUUUCCAUCCGUGUCUCCGUCGAAGGUUCAGUAUUGGCUUCAACUUUCAAAUAGGAAUUGGGAGCUGGUGAAGAUAAUAACAUCUUCUGGAACUGAGUCUGUUGUUUCACUGCCUGAUAGAAAAUUGAACCACCGGUUAGACCGGUUGAACCAAUAAACCAGUGAACCAGUAACUAAAACGGUUUGAUGACCGGUCCGAUUUUCAGAACCUUGGUGUGGACCAUGUUAAAAUCAGAAAACUCAGGUCUAAAAACACAUAAAUUAAAGUUGAAGGGAUUCUCAGUUCAGGCUAAAGUAGCUUAGUGUUGAGUAGCGUUAUCAGUGAUUGAUCUGCGGGUGUACGUUAGCGUAAGAUGCGCUUCGAUUGAAACUCUCUUUGAACCGCUAAUUUCAUUCCAAUUACAAUGGCUCAGAUUCCCAACCUGGACAAUGCCCCCAUCAAUCUCAUUUCAAUCAGGGAACAAUCCCAAAAGGAGCUCAUCAACAUCCUCAAGAACAUUCGAGGGAAGAAGUGUUUGGUUAUCGAUCCGAAGCUAGGGGACUCUCUCUCUCUCAUCAUACAGACAUCGUUACUCAAGGAGCAUGGAGUUGAAUUACGGCAUCUUUCAGCUGACCACAUUCAAACUGACUGCACCAAAGUGGUCUACCUCGUGCGAUCUCAGCCUAAUUUGAUGCGACAUAUAUGUUCUAAUAUUCACCAUGACGAAUCGAAAGGACUACAAAGAGAAUAUCAUGUUUAUUUUGUUCCCCGCCGCACUGUUGUUUGUGAGAAAGUUCUUGAGGAAGAGAAAUUACAUAACAUGGUUACAAUCGGGGAGUAUCCCUUGUAUAUUGUACCAAUGGAUGAGGAUGUACUAUCAUUUGAGCUUGACCUUGCUUACGAAGAGUGCCAAGUUGAUGGUGAUACAAGCUCGCUUUGGCAUAUCGCAAAAGCAAUUCACAAACUUGAGUUCUCUUUUGGAGUGAUACCAAAUCUGAGGGCAAAAGGAAAAGCAUCUGUGCGUGUUGCAGACAUCCUUAACCGAAUGCAGGCUGAGGAACCAGUCAACUCAUCUGACAUGGUUAUGCCAGAGAUAAACACACUAAUCCUUUUAGAUAGAGAGGUGGAUAUGGUUACUCCUUUGUGUUCUCAAUUAACAUAUGAAGGAUUACUUGAUGAGUUUUUGAAUAUCAAGAAUGGUUCUAUAGAGCUUGAUGCGUCUAUUAUGGGACUUCAGCAAGAGGGGAAAAAAACUAAAGUUCCACUUAAUUCAACUGACAAGCUCUUCAAGGAGAUACGGGAUCUCAACUUUGAAGUUGUUGUCCAGAUUUUGCGUCAAAAAGCUACAUCCAUGAAGCAAGACUACACUGAGAUGACGACUACUUCACAAUCAGUUUCCGAGUUGAAGGACUUCGUGAAAAAGCUGAACUCAUUGCCAGAAAUCACUAGACACAUAAAUCUCGCUCAGCAUCUGACAACAUUCACAUCAAAGCCUUCAUUUCUGGGGCAGCUUGAUAUGGAACAUACAAUUGUUGAGUCUCAGAGUUAUGACAUAUGCUUUGACUAUAUUGAAGAGUUGAUCCACAAGCAGGAGCCUUUGACGACGGUCCUGCGCCUUCUAAUCCUAUUUUCCGUUACUAAUUCUGGGUUGCCAAAGAAGCAUUUUGACUACUUAAGGAGAGAACUACUACAUAGCUAUGGAUUUGAGCACAUAACAACCCUAAAUAAUUUAGAGAAAGCUGGGCUCUUUAAAAAGCAGGAGUCAAGGAGCAAUUGGCUUACCAUAAAACGUGCUCUGCAGCUUGUGGUUGAAGACACUGAUACAGCCAACCCCAAUGAUAUCUCUUAUGUCUUCUCUGGAUAUGCACCACUUAGCAUUCGUCUGAUCCAGCAUGCCAUUCGAUCUGGAUGGCGUCCUGUUGAAGAAAUUUUGAAGCUGCUACCUGGACCUCACCUGGAAACAAAGAGGGGUGCAUUCUCAAAUAGCCCAUCAUUUGACUCUUUAUCAGGGGUUUCAACCGGCAUAGCCAAAGUACCUGAUGGGAGGCGUGCCCUGGUGCUUGUUGUCUUUGUUGGAGGUGUUACCUUUGCAGAGAUUUCUGCUCUUCGGUUUCUCUGUUCUCAGGAAGGCAUGGCAUAUGAUUUAAUCAUCGCAACGACAAAAAUAGUCAAUGGACAAACCUUGGUUGAGACAUUUAUGGAGAAGCUAGGGGGGUGAGAUUAUGUUUGAUGAUGCCAAAUGAAAGCUAUAUGCAGCCUAAUCGAGUUCUUCUAGAGUGAUGCUUAACCAAUGUUUAUUGAUGUUGUAAAAUAAGUGAGGCCUGGAAUAUGAGAGUUGUUUUUAUUUAGUUCUACUAUCGUAUAUUUGCCUACUCUUAUCUGGUUCUUUAAUAGAAUCUUGGUGCCUCUUCCAUGGCUUAAGAUUUCUAGAGAUAGUAAAGUGUGAUGAAUUGUUAAUUUAACUA